AUGGGUAACCUGUUAUGCUGUGUACAAGUGGACCAAUCUACGGUUGCCAUCAAGGAGAAAUUUGGAAGGUUUAAUGACGUACUUGAGCCUGGAUGCCACUGCCUCCCAUGGUUCCUUGGAAGUCAGAUUGCUGGGCAUCUCACACUUCGGUUGCAGCAGUUAGAUGUUCGUUGCGAGACCAAGACAAAGGAUAAUGUGUUUGUCAAUGUUGUUGCAUCGGUGCAAUACCGUGCCCUUGCUGAUAAAGCGAGUGAUGCUUUCUACAAACUUAGCAACACUCGAACUCAAAUCCAAGCCUAUGUUUUUGAUGUGAUCAGGGCAAGUGUUCCAAAACUAAACUUGGAUGAUGCUUUCGAGCAAAAGAAUGAAAUAGCAAGAGCUGUUGAAGAGGAGCUUGAAAAGGCCAUGUCUGCUUAUGGUUUUGAAAUCGUCCAGACACUUAUUAUUGAUAUAGAACCUGAUGAAAAUGUGAAAAGGGCCAUGAAUGAAAUUAAUGCUGCUGCUAGGCUGAGGUUAGCUGCUAAAGAGAAAGCAGAAGCUGAGAAAAUUGUCCAGAUUAAGCGAGCUGAGGGUGAGGCUGAGGCCAAGUACCUAGCAGGGUUAGGUAUUGCCCGGCAGCGCCAGGCAAUUGUUGAUGGUCUGAGAGACAGUGUGCUUGGCUUCUCUGGUAAUGUGCCAGGAACUACAGCGAAGGAUGUUUUGGACAUGGUACUUAUCACGCAAUACUUUGACACCAUGAAGGAGAUCGGUGCUGAUAGUAAAACCUCAGCUGUUUUUGUACCCCACGGGCCUGGUGCUGUUAAGGACAUUGCUACUCAGAUCCGAGAUGGGUUGCUUCAGGCGCAGACAUCCUCUCAUCAUUAA